UUUAAUCGAAAUAAUGUAGAAGGGUGUAAAUGUGAAUAUGUGCUUGCGUUAUUCUUAAAAUUAUUGCUGAGUUUUGCGUAUUUUUACAAAUUGUAGAUAAUAUUUAGAUUAACGCAUGUAGAAAGGCCCUACUGAAAGGAGAAAUGUGAUUUUUGUGAAUUGAUGGUUGCUACGAAAUCUACAAAGUCUAAAGCAAUUCUGCAAAGUUUUCACUAUGCCUAAAGUUGUUUCGCGUAGUAUUGUGUGCUCUGAUUCUAAAGAUCAAGAAGAAUAUAAUGAAGAGAAACCAUUAAAUAUAUACUACUGCCUCUGUGGGAAACUGACAUUGAUCCUAGAUUGUACCAUUGAUAUCCUACCACUGCGGCCUGCGGAUGGAGCGCGUGUUAUUGAUGGUAAAAAGCAUGCCCAUAAGCUAGCUUUUCAAGAAGGACAUUCUCUAUAUAUUAAACGGGAAAAAGGAUACGAACAGCAAUUUCGCUUAAAUUGUAAGCAUUGCAGUCUGCCUUUAUAUUAUCGCCACGAUCCAGCAUCUGAUGUUACAUUUAUUAUUCGAGGCUCGUUAGUUCGCAAAAAGGCGGAAAAUUUUCUUGAGUCAGAAGAAGUAAUGACAGCCGAUUCAUCUAUUGAGGGUGUUGGAUUUGGUACUAGCGAAAAAAUUAUGGUAACCCGACAUACAAAGCACAUGGGGAAAUUCAGUUCAGUUACUGUGUCAACCAUUGACGAAGAAGAGGAUGAAAUCGAAGCCCGUGAAAUUGCAGAUAGUUACGCAAAUAAUGCAAAAAUUAUAGAGAAACAACUGCAGCGAAAAGGUGGAAAGUUGACGGAUUUGACGUUACAUAAUAAAAAGGAAGAAGCACCCAUUGUAAAGAAAGCAAGAGGAACACUGCUUGAUAUGUAAAUUAUUUUUUAAAUAAAUAUCUACUUUGCAUGAAUAUAAUAAUUCCAGUCAGAUAUUUCUUAAGGAAUAUAUAAGGACUGUGUCAAAUAAAAUUGUCCGUUACAAAAAUGAAAAAAUCUUUUAAACCAGUUGUCAGAUUUUUAUAAACUAAAAUAUUUUAUUAAAAACAUUUAUUUUAAAUUUGAAAAACUGAAGAAUAAACCAAGAAUUAUGUGUAAAA